AUGGCCGAACGAACAGAGCACGAUCUCCACUCCUCCACCUCCGACGACGAUAUCGAGUCGCGCGAUAGCGACAGCCACAGCCACCAUGCCGAUAAUGCGCAGGGCACGAUAGCUCCACUGGGGAAGCAAAGUACCGUUUCCUCAGGAUUAUCAGUCUUUGAACAGCGCGCGCAAUCGACGAUAUCGCGCAUCCGAAGUCGGGAUCCGGGACAGACGGCCACAUUCAAUCACCCGCUCACACAUACCAAGACGAGCCAGGAUGUCAUUGUUGAUUUCGAUGGUCCCGAUGAUCCGUAUCGGCCUUUGAAUUGGAGUUUUACCAAGAAGGCCGUGACGACGGUUCUGUAUGGAUUAACGACGAUGGGUGCGACAUGGGCAAGUUCCAUCUAUUCGACCGGUCAAGAGCAGAUUAGUGAGGAGUUUGGGGUCUCGUUGGAAGUGUCUACACUUGGUACUUCGUUGUUGCUGUUUGGCUUAGGUCUUGGCCCGUUGCUCUGGGCGCCUCUCUCUGAGGUCUUCGGUCGCAAGCCGGCAGUCCUUGCUCCUUAUUUUAUCGCGGCUAUUAUGUCAUUUGGUACCGCUACCGCGAAGGAUCUUCAAACGAUUAUGAUCACUCGUUUUUUUACUGGUUUCUUUGGCGCCGCCCCGGUAACGAAUACCGGCGGUGUGUUAGGUGAUAUUUGGUCACCCGAAGAGCGCGGCGCUGCUAUCGUGGGUUAUGCGAUGGCUGUCGUUGGCGGACCUGUCUUGGGUCCAAUUGUUGGUGGUGCUAUCACCCAAAGCUAUCUACACUGGCGGUGGACCGAAUAUCUUACCGGAAUCAUGAUGAUGUUCUUCCUGGUGCUUGAUUUAGUAUUCGUCGACGAAAGCUAUCCUCCCGUCUUACUAGUCUACAAGGCCCGGCGCCUUCGCUUCGAAAGCGGCAACUGGGCCCUCCACGCCCGCCACGAAGAAUGGGAUGUCACUUUCAAAGAAUUAGGCAACAAGUACCUCAUUCGACCUUUCCAACUUCUCGCAACUCCAAUUUGCUUCUUAGUCGCCCUCUACGCCUCCUUCGUCUACGGUAUCCUCUACCUCAGUCUCGCAGCCUUCCCAAUCGUCUUCCAAGAGGUACGCGGCUGGAACCAGGUUGUCGGCGCCCUCCCUUUCCUCGCCUACCUAGUCGGUAUUUUCUUCGGCGCAGCAAUCAACCUCUUCAACCAACGCUUCUACAUAAAGCGUUUCAAAGCCAACAAUAACCGCGCAGUGCCGGAAGCCCGCCUCCCGCCCAUGAUGCUCGGCUCUGUAAUGUUCGCAUCGGGCAUGUUCGUCUUUGGCUGGACAAGCCCAGCGCACAUCCACUGGAUUGGGCCGAUCAUCGGAGCCGUCAUGAUGGGUUUCGGCUUCUUCACUAUCUUCCAAGCGGCGCUGAAUUAUCUCAUCGAUACGUUCCAAACGGUUGCCGCCUCGGCUGUUGCGGCGAAUACAUUCCUCCGCUCGGUGUUUGCUGGUGCGUUCCCGCUUUUCACGACGGCUAUGUUUCAUAAUAUGGGUGUGCCUUGGGCGGCCAGUGUUCUUGGCUUUGUUUCUGUUGCUCUUAUUCCGAUUCCGUAUUUGUUUUAUAUUUAUGGAAAGAGGAUACGGGCGAGAGGGAAGUGGUCUGCUGGUUCUCUUUAA